AUGUGCUACAUGUUCAAGACACGCCAGACAGGCAUGGACAGGACAGACAGCAUGCUUUACAGGUUGAUUGUAUUCGCUGCGUCGCGCGGGCUUAUCAUGAGUUGCAUCCGUGUAGUCUUGACGGGAGACAUUCGACAGUUUUUUGUAUAUAAUGACAAGCUCUACUGGGCCGUGUUUCACUUUAUGCUCGGAAAACUAUGCUCCAACUCAGUCCUCGCCUCGCUCAAUAUCCGUGAUUUCAUGCGUGGGGAUGAUUCGUCAAAUUACUCGGGAAGCAACAGCAUCGCACUGAGCCCGGCUUUUGCCCUACGGUCGGGCUUUGGCUUCAGAAAGGUCACUGCCUGCUUCGUACUAUGCUGUAAUGCACCAAUUCGUACUGACACUCAUCUGGUCGCCAGCCUGACCUGA